AUGUAUAAUAGUAUUUUGUAUUUAAUUCUGUAAGACUUUUAAACUUCAAAAUUUUUUGUGAUAAUUUCGUCAUUUUUUGUAUUUUGUUAAUAUUGUUAUUUAAAUUUUGGUUUAAAGAUCAAAUACAUUUGGAAUGAUUCGACAGUUGAUGUAUUUAACUUGAUGCUUAAAUACUUUACCAUAACAAUUAAUGUAAAAAAUAUUGGAUUUAACAAGUAUCUACUAGUUUUUUAUUUAUCUCUUGGGGUUGUAAUUUUUUCUAUAAUUUUGAUCAUAGUACUAAUAUAUUAUAUUAGAAAUUCGAGCUUUUAGAAAUUACCAUUAUCGAUUCUCUAAUAUUUACUUUAUAUAAUAUUAACUUUCGGAUAUUGGCCUAUAAUUAGAAUGCAAUUUGGAUUAUUGGCCUGCCAAUAUGAUAAGUCAGGCAAAUUUGUUAUGAUGUUUGAAACUAAAUAGGAGUGCUGGACAUCUAACUAUACAAUACAUGCCAUUAUUGGAAUUAUUGGUUUAAUAAUAACAAUUCUUUUUACGCUUUUGAUCUCCUACUUUCUAUUUUAAUAGAAGUUUUCAAAAAAGAAUGCAAUUGCAAUGAAAAAUAGUCAUGCAUAAGUUACUUUAUUAGUCUAUAUAAUUGUUUAAAUAAUGGUGUAUUAAAUGAUUCCUACUCCAUAAUAUACAGUGUUAAUAAUAAUAGUGUAUUUCAUACUGAGUAUAAUUUAUUUUGAAAAAGUACAUAUACAAAAACCAUUUCACCAUUAAAUUAUCUAAAAAAUGAUGUCUAUUUUUUCAGCCAUAAAUUUCUGGAUAAUUUUAAUGAUGCUAUACUCAUUCGUUUUGGAGGAGAAAUUAUUAAAAAAUGGUCUAAAAAUUCUAAUAUUAGGCAUUCCAUUAAUUUGUGGAAUAAUAAUAUCAUCUUAAUCGAAUCAAAUUGAUUUGUUUAGAAUUAAUUUUUAUAAAGCAAAAAAUGGAACUGAAAUUUCAUAAUUAUGCAUUUAUUUACUGGAACUUAUGAAGAAUUGGGACAAUAAUCAAAUUUCCGAAUUAGUAUUGCAAAGUUAUUUAGAGAUCCAUAGAUUAUCUUGUUAAAGAGCAGACUGUUACUCAAAAGUAUCGUCAACGAUAAAAUUAAAGGCAAAUACAAAUUUUUAAGAGUAUGUUGUAAUCCAUUUGAUAAACUAAAUUUUUGAAGAUGGAAUAAGACACUUCCCUGACGAUAUUGAUUUGAGAUUAAACUUUGUUUUCUUUUUAAUUGAUUCUAGAAAGUAAUAUUCCCAAGCCCUAUAAGAGAUAUCGAUUUCAGAAUAAUUUGUUACAUCGUAUGCACAAUAGUUUUAAUUGUUCUUUUACAAAAGGUAAAUUUAAGAAAUUCUAACUGAUUCAUAAUCCACAUUACAAUUUGAUCAUUUUGCAGAAGCCAACUUUCACAAGAUGGAGACAGAAUUUUAUCAAAAAAUGGAGAAAAUUACCAUUACGUUUAUUGAAUUUUGGAAUUAAUUACUUGAUGAAAUACCAGAUAUUUAUAAAUUAACCUAACUUGGAUAUUUGUUGUUAAAUAAAAGAUAAGAAAUAGAAUAAGAUUAUAGCAGAGUUAGUUAAUAGAAUAGAAGAGCAAAAAAGUUAAAGCAAAUUUAUUAAAAAUUUACAGAACUAAUUCUAAGUGACUUUAGUUCUAAGACAUUAUAAUUUGAAUUAAGUAACCAAGAAGUUCAAUGUUUGUAAAUUGAAGAAAUAGAAGAAAUUAGUAAAUAGCCUGAUCCAAUCAUUGUGAUUUAAUCCCAUCUUGGUUAAGAGUCAAAGAUUAUGAGUAUAAAUAAGUCCUUCUGCAGUUUGCUAGGAUAUUCAAAAGCAGAUUUGAUAAAUAGAACUCUUAAUGAAAUAAUGCCUGAUAUCUACGCAUUCAAACAUAAUUAAUGUAUCGAAAAUUAUUUGAUCCAUAAAAUAUCAGAUUAAAAUUAGCAAUUAAUCAAAUCUUGUCAGGUUUACAUCAAGAAGAAAAACAAAUACAUUCUUCCAGUACAUCUAAAGGUAAAGUUAUUGGAGGUGCAUCAUAAUGAAUUAAUUUUAUUAGGCAUUUUAGAUUACAGUUUUCAAUAGAACAAUCAAUGCUAUAUAAUUUCAUCUCCAGAAGGAAAUAUAACUGAUUUGUCCUCUAACUGCAUAUCAUUUUUAGGAAUUGAUCUAUAAUCAAUAACACUUAAUUAAAUAUUGAUUUCAGAUUUAUUCCCAGGAAUUCUCAAAAAUAAUAAUUAAGUUUUUCAUAAGUCCGGGUGUUGUGUAACCUAUAAUGAUCAUUUAUAAAUGCUCAAGAAUAGUAAAAGAUUAAAAUAAUCUAUUCAUUCAACAUCUUCUUACAUUCCAAAAACAAAUUUCAACUGUAUCAUUAAUUAUAUUGAAUAUAAAUGUUUACGAGAAGAAUAAGAUCUUAAACAUGGCUUAGUGAUAAGAUUGGAACAAAUAAAGACAUAAUUGCAAUGCAAAUAGGAAUGCUUGAUUCAAUAAGAUACCAUAAGAAGUCCAGGUCCAAAAAUAAUAGGAUUUUUUAGGUUUGCUCAAAGAUCCUUGACUUAUAGAAUGGAAAACAUAAGAUUCAAUGAAUUAGAUAGUUUGAAUAAUGAAACUCUGAUAAUGGAAAAUUCUUUAAAUUUGUCUAAGUUAAUGGGAUGUAUGAGAAUGUCAAGACAUUUUAAGACAUUGAUGAAACCUAACUAUGGUGAAGGAAUUCGGAUAAAGAGAUUAAUAGAAAAUCAAAUUUGUGAUAUUGAAGAUAGUUUGGUAUUGGAUGGAAAGCUGAAGAAGGAAGCAGAAGAUCAAAAUGACGAGGAAGAAAUUGAAGAUAAUCAAGAGAGUGAUAUAUUUAGUUAGAGGGAUACUCUUUAAUCUUAGUUCUUUUAAAAGAGUUUAAUUAAAAAGGAAUUACAAGAGAAACCAAUGUCAUUUAAAAUUAAAAUGUCAAGUCGGGUAAUUCACUCACUUUUAUUUGUAUUAUUGUUAUUGCAAAUCUUAUCCUAUACUUUUAAUGUUCAAAACGAAUAAGAAUUAUUAAGCAAUCUACCCCUAAUCAAUCAAGUUAAUUAAAGAAUGUCAAAUAUAUUCAUGAUUUAAUCAAUUCUAUAAGACAUUCGCUCCAUAAAUUUACACUAUGUGGUUAAUACAUAAAAUACAUCUUAGGUAUUGAAACAAAAUUUUGAAAUGCUAGAACUUGAAAUACAAUCACUAAAAUCAGUGUAAAAUGAUUUAUCUUCAAUUAAAGUGGAUAUUGCAGAUUAGUAUAAAUAACUAAAUUCUAAAUACUAUGAAAAGAUAAUAGUGAUGGUUGACAUUUAUGGAAAUGUAUCAUAUUUCACCUUUAAUGAAGCAAUAGAGUAGUUGAUAUCUAAAACAAAAGCAUUAUUAAAUAGUGAUAUAUCGUAAUUUGAUUAUUCGAAGCCAGAUUUCUUUUAUUUUAUUUAUAAUUCUUUAAAUUAUAUAAUAUGGAAUGGGAGAAUAGCCGAAACCUAUUAUUGGUCAUAUUUACAAACCUUGGUUGAUACCAUAAUUAAUAGUGAAAUAUUGUAUUUUCUAUUACAUACUUGCAUGUUGUUUUCAUUAACUAUUUUGAUACUUUUAUUUUUGAAUUAGAUUUAAAAGGAAACUAAUUAGAUUGUUUAAUCUUUGUUAUUUUUAAAAGAGUCAAGCAUCAAGGAAUAGGUUGGAAAUUGUGAAAAUUUUUUAGUUAUUUUGCAAUCUGAAGAUUUAGAGGAUAAAGAUAAUUUAUAAAUAGAGAAUGAGGAGAAUAAGAAAGAGAAAAAAAAUGUCCAAAACAAAAAAAUAAAAAAGUUUAAAUAUUCAGGAUCUCAAUUAUCAAAGUAAUUUGUGAAAACUGUGUUGAUUUUUAUCCUCUUCUAAUUAUUUUAUAUUUACACAUUCACAGACAGCAAAAUCGUCUCAGAUGAAUAUAAUUAGUUGAUGCCUAUAAUUAAUUAGACUUCUAUAGUUGAAAGUUAUUAUAGGUUGGGGGAUAACUUUAUUAGAGAAUUGUUUUUCAAUCCUAACAUCAGUAUCUUAAACACUCCUGAUAACAAGGCAGCUGUAUUUGGAUAUCUUGAACUCUUGUAUAAUUUAAAUGCUGAUUUAGUGGAAAUCAAUAACAAAUAUCAAAAUCUGUUGGAAUUAGAGUAUUAAAUUGCUUUUAAUGAGAUUUAUUUCAUGAAUCCUUGCUUAAAACUAUAUAAGAGUCAAUCAUUAGUGGAAUGCGAGAAUUUUGAAGAAGGGAUCUUAAUAGAGGGACUAUCAAUUGGAAUUAUAAAAUAUAUUGAAGAUUUAAGAACUUUCUUCUAAAGUUAUCAAUAAUUUGAUGAACUUUAAAAUUAUAAUUUGGAAUACAAUUUUAGUGAUGUCAAAUUGAUAAAUUAUGCAUUAAAUCUACUGAAUACAAAACGAGGUUUAGAUAUUCGAACGAUGUAAUAAAGAUACUUGAGAGCAGCCUAGAGGUAUUUAAAUUAAGCUUUGUCCUCCAACAUUACUUCGACGUUUUAGGGACUGGAAAUAAGGAAAACAAUCCUUUUCACAUGCUUUUGCUUCAUGAUAUUGAUAGUUAUCACUAUGAUUUGGAUACCUACUUGCCAUAAGAGGUGUGCUGGCAUUUCUGACUCCAAGAAUGCUGAAUAUGUAUAUUUAUAACAAUACAAAUAGGUCGAAGCAAAUCGUGUUAGAUCUGAAACAGCAAGGGAUGAUUUGAUUUUUGAGAUAUUAUAAAUGUAUAAUAAAUGA